UGUGAGCCCGAGAUAUAACGAUCCUCCGGCCCUCUUCCAAGCCCGCCGAGCUCGGACAGGAGCCCUUCCCCUCCUAGGCCUGGACGUGGAGAAGUGGUAAAGGAUUGUGAGACCUAAUUUUAUGGACCUGCAAAUAUUCGCUGCAAAGAUGGCCCUGUCCCGGCUCCUUCCCUAAAGGAAGGAGUUCCCAGACUGGCCGAGGAGUCGUGAGAAUAACCUCAACAGAAUACUGAGGUUGAUGAGUGCUUGGUGGGACGGACAAUGAUAACAUGCGCCAGAAUGAGGGGAGAAAUGACCCCUCAAUCUGGAGUGGUGAGGGCAGACUUUCCGGAUGCGGUGGCGCCUGAGCUGGAUCUUGAAAGACGAGCCAAGAGUUAGCCAGGUAGCCAAAGUAGGGGCAAGGCUGUUUACUAAAAGGGAACAACAAGAACAAAAGCCCAAAGGUGGGCUAGCAGAGGAGGUGGAUGACAAAGUUCUUCAUGCUGCUUUUAUUCCUUUUGGAGACAUCACAGAUAUUCAGAUUCCUCUGGAUUAUGAAACAGAAAAGCACCGAGGAUUUGCUUUUGUUGAAUUUGAGUUGGCAGAGGAUGCUGCAGCAGCUAUCGACAACAUGAAUGAAUCUGAGCUCUUUGGGCGGACAAUUCGUGUUAAUUUGGCCAAACCAAUGAGAAUUAAGGAAGGCUCUUCCAGACCAGUUUGGGCAGAUGAUGACUGGCUGAAGAAGUUUUCUGGGAAGACUCUUGAAGAGAAUAAGGAGGAAGAAGGGUCAGCUCCUCCUAAAGCAGAAACCCAGGAGGUAGAGCCUACGGCCAAAAAGACCCGGUCAAAUCCUCAGGUGUACAUGGACAUCAAGAUUGGGAACAAGCCAGCUGGCCGCAUCCAGAUGCUUCUACGUUCAGACAUUGUUCCCAUGACAGCAGAGAAUUUCCGUUGUCUGUGCACCCAUGAAAAGGGCUUUGGCUUCAAGGGGAGCAGCUUCCACCGCAUCAUCCCCCAGUUCAUGUGCCAGGGCGGUGAUUUCACAAACCAUAAUGGUACCGGGGGCAAGUCCAUCUAUGGGAAGAAGUUUGAUGAUGAAAACUUUAUCCUCAAACACACAGGACCAGGCCUACUCUCCAUGGCCAACUCCGGCCCAAACACCAAUGGUUCCCAGUUCUUCCUGACGUGUGACAAGACGGAUUGGCUAGAUGACAAGCACGUGGUGUUUGGGGAGGUCACCGAAGGCCUGGAUGUCCUGCGGCAGAUUGAGGCCCAGGGCAGCAAGGAUGGGAAGCCAAAGCAGAAAGUGAUCAUCGCCGACUGUGGGGAGUACAUGUGAUGCUGCGCUUUGUCUGCUUUCCCCUUCUCUACUCUUGGUCCUGUGUAUCUAGGAGCUGUUAGCCCCCAGGAAGCCAGCAGGGAACUCCUGAGGGUGUCCCAUUUGAAGAAAGUUUGUGUCAUGAGCCCUUCCUUGGGGUCAGCUUGGAGCAGCUCUUCUGCAGGCAUGGCCUGGACUUCCUCUGGGCUUUUUCCCAGAACAUGGCUGUUUGCACGAGGAGCUGGCACAGGCCCUGCUGCCCCCCCCCCCCCCCCCCCCCGUGGACAGUCUGGGUGGUCACUGACUUCCCAGGCCUAUGCUACCAGGGCCUCUGUGCUGCCAGUGUGGCUCCUGAGACGUUUUUCUUCUGGUAAAGCAAUUCCUAGCCUUUAUACUGUUACCUUCAGCCAUUUCCUGGGCAUUGUCACAAAUUGCAUCUGUUGCUAAGCUCUCCCACUGAGGCAGGCUGGUGAGGGGACAGCAUCUUCCCUCUCUUGGGUUGAUUUCCUGAGAUGUCAGAUAAUAUAUCUUCAGGUCACAUACCCUUGUCAGACCAUUGUUGGGGCAAUGGAAAUUAAAGUGGAGAAGUCCCUGUCUUCUGGUACCUCUACUUCUAAGCUCAUGUUGACCAGUCUUAUAGCCCACACAUGUACUUAUCUGUCUCAAAGAUUCAUUUAUUUAUUUGAUCACAUAUUUGUUCACUUACUCUUCAGAUAUUUUUAUAACUCAUCUGUGCCAGACUCUUAUGUUCAUUUGUUAGGAGACAGAGGAGGUUGACCAGCUGGCCCACAGACCUCAUCUGGCUCACUGCCUAUUUUGGGGAAUAAAGUUUUAUGGGACAACUAUUUUUUUAA